ACUGGUGGAAAGCGAGCGACAACAACAGAAGAAAGCAGACAAGAAAAUCGCUCGUCUGGUCGAAACUUCCGAGGAGGCCAUUCCCGGUUUUUGGCUAAAGUACCAACGCUACGACCAGCACAUGGCCCUACUGGAGGCACUUGCCCAGAAGAACCCGUCCAUCGUGGAGACAAUCACCUUUGGUCAGUCCUUUGAAGGACGAGCCUUGAAGGCGGUCCGCAUCGGCGUCCCCACCUCAAACAACAACAAAACUCAACAAAAUCAAAAGCAAGUCAUAUGGAUAGAAGGUGGAAUCCACGCCCGAGAAUGGAUCAGCCCGGCGGCGGUGACCUACUUCGCCCAGCAGCUGGUCAACCGCUACAAUUCGGGUGACGAGGAAAUUAAACAGCUGCUCGCCUACUACGACUUUUACGUGGCGCCAGUGCUGAACGCCGAUGGCUACGAGUUUACCCACACCAACGAUCGAAUGUGGCGAAAGACUCGACAGCCUAGUAAAAGAUUGCCAGAUUGCAUCGGCGCCGACGCCAAUCGAAACUACGGCUACGAGUGGGGCGGCGAGGGGGCGAGCGAUGAUCCCUGCUCUGAUACCUUCAGAGGGGACGCCGCCUUCUCAGAGCCCGAGGCGAAAGCUGAAGGUGAUUACCUGAUGGCCAACUUUGGCGGACGGUUUAGUGCCUUCCUCGCCAUCCACUCCUAUGGACAGUUUUGGCUCUAUCCGUGGGGAUACAAGAGUAAUCUGCACGCUCCAAAUGAGGCUGACCUG